AUGCAACCAACAACAAUGCAACCUAAACUUUCCGACACAACCCAAACUAUAUCAUUUGUGGAUGAAGAGGAGACAUACAAUGCUGAAGUGUUUGCCACUGAUGUUGUGGUCACAACAAACUCUGGUAACCACAACCAUGGUAGCUCAAAAGUAAAACUUACUAAUAUAGUUGACUAUAACUGGGAGGCUAAAUUCUAUCCCGGACGCUUGAUUGUCAUACAUAGGAGUGGAAAGUUUUUAGCAUAUUGCAUUAAGGCUCCAAAUUCUAUGGAUGGCAUGAUAAGAGUUGUUUAUCUGGAACCAGGAGUAAAUGAGAGACUUCUGAUUAAGGGAAUGAAUGGAGAGGUUCAGGAUCUCUCUUUUGCCUUCAUACAGAACCAAGUUCUCUUGGCUAGUAUUGAUGAACUAGGACAUGUGUACGUUCAUGAGAUUGAACUUAUUGAUGGGAGAUUGAGAUGCUCACUAAUAGUGGAGAUCCAAGAAGACGCAGGGUUGGGUGGAUCUGCGCACCUAGUUGCUUGGUGUCCAUAUAUACCUGAUGAAGACGACGACGCCUCAGACGCGGAUAUCGCUAAGAUGCUUAUUAGUACACACUCUAAUGUCGCUCGCAUCUGGAACAUCCGGGAGGUGAGCAUGAUGUGCAGCGUGGGGUCCGUUAAGGUGACGGACGCGUUGUCCUGCCGCGCGGGGCAGACGGCCAGCACGCACACAGCCCCGCUUCGGGCUGCUGCCUUCUCGCCUGAUGGAACUGCUUUGGCCACAGCUGGUGCUGAUGGAUACGUCAUGUUUGCUCAAGUAUGUUUGGACCUCUCGAAAGUCCCCAGCUGUCUGCACAAGUGGCAACCGCACGAAGGAAAGCCGUUGACCUGUCUCCUCUUCCUUGACAACCACAAGAAUUAUAAUAGCGAUGAACAAUUUUGGAAAUUUGCGGUCACCGGUGCUGACAACAACACGAACAUCAAGAUAUGGACAUGCAAGACUUGGACGUGCAUCCAGACGCUCACCUUCACGCCUCCCCUGGGCACGGACUCCCUCUCCUUGGGGAUGAAGGCUCAGCUGGACAUCAGUGCCAGCUAUCUCCUCCUCAGUGACUUCAAAACGAGGAGCCUCUACGUGCUGAACAUGAGGCGAGAUGACGAAGACACUAUCGCGUAUUGCAAGAGCGUGUCAGAAUUUCUGCUGCCGUAUCAGGUCCUAGGUUUCUGCAUUGUCGAUGCUGAGGAGCAACCAGUGACGUGUCAGUCCAGCUGCGACGACCCUUUCCAUAGAAACGGAUCAGCGCACGACGCGUCGCCAAAUGAUUAUGACAUGCACGACAACGACGUGUCGUGUGCGGAGGUCGGCGCAGGCGCACAACGCACUCGCCUACGUUUGUACGUGGUCCAGCCGAAGGGUCUGCAAGAGGCAAAUCUGAUAUACACGCACCAGCUCCCAAUAGCACAAGCCGCGCAUGACUUAGAAAGUUUGACCUUGGAAGAGACGGUGGAAGAUGAUGAACUACCAUCCAAUAUUCUGCAGCAACAGACCCAGCAACUUAAAAAUCUUUUACUAUGCUCACAGACGCAAAGCAAUAGCCUCAUCAAUGCACGAGCGGAGUCCCCAACGCCGAUGCCCCAACUUAACUUGAUGACGCCGGACGCUUUUAGUUCACCUGGCAAACGCGACGACGAGGAGGCAUCGACGAGCACACAGGAUGCAGUUAUGCCAAGACUAUCGACUGGAGGUUGUAAAGACGAAGAGGCGGUCAGCUUUAAUUCGGUCAAGCAAGUGUCGGGCGGUUCCUCCCCGAGUCGCGAAGUGCAACAGAUUAUGUCGCACAAUGAUUAUUACAAGGAUGACGAAGAAGAAGAAGAGUCCACUCAGACGCCGGUCGCUGAAGGCGCGACAGCGAACGGAACCGAGCCCCUGUUCAAGAAGGAGUUGUACGUGUCGCCAGAGAAACCGCCGCCACCUGCCAAACUGACGCACAGUAACAGCGACACAUCAUGGCCACAAAUAUCGCUAGCGCAAAUAACGGAGGCUAACCAGCGCAAAGCGUCCAGCGACAAAUCUAGCAACCAGUCGGUCUCCGCCCCGCUCUCCGCUACGCUGCCUGCCACGCUCUCCGCCACGCUACCCGCCGCGAUCUCCGCUGCGCUGCCCAUGCCGCCCCAGCCUCAGUCUGCACCUGUCUUGACUACGGUUGUUGACGAAGCUACUAAGAUUAAAUUGGAAUCUCUAGAAUCCAAAAUCGACAAAUUGACUGAGCUGAUGUCUCAACAAGCGAGAGAACUUCGUGCCCUGCGUAACGAAUCGAGACCUGCGCGUGAGAACGUCGAAAAAGCGAUGCAUGAACACUCGCAGAGGACAGCGGCGGCCAUAGACAACGCUCUUGCUUCCGGGUGGGAGCGUAUAUCUCGCAUCGGCGAAUCUGCCAGCAAGGCAGCUGCGCAGGCGGCGGGAGCCGGCGCCGCUCGGGCCCUAGAACCCUUAGCAUCAGCUUUGCAGCACGAGCUGGCCAUCAAACUCACAGCUACCGACAACUUGCUCGCUGAAAACAUCAACAAGCUCGUUAAUAGCAAGACUGUAAUGGAGCGCCUCAGUACGUCGAUAGCGACGUCUCUCUCUGAAAUGGUGCGCGCCUCCUUCCGCGACGCGUUGGUGGAUAGCGUUCUGCCUUUACUCGAGAAGGCGCACACGCAGAUCUUCCGACAGGUCAACCACGCCUUCCAGACUGGCACCAAAGAGUUUGCAGCAAACACGGAGGCAGCAGCACGUGCAGCAGCGGAGAGGGGUGGAGCAGCAGCUGCUACGUCGCUGCGACAAGCGCUCGAGAAACACGCAGAGGCGUUGGCUAGAGCCACGCCUAUGCAACCACAACACUUUGCGAAUACCCUUAAAGAUGUCGCACACAGCGUUUUGGAGAAAGAGGUGGCAUGGUGGCGUGAACAGGCGAGGGGCGUGGCCGCUCAGAUGUCGCGUGCGCACUCACCCGCCACUCCCUCACUUGCCGACAGACAAAUGCAAGUUAGCCAAAUCCAGUCGCUCAUCAUGAGCGGUGAUAUCAACGGCGCCUUCCAAUUGGCGCUCUCGGCAUCAGACCUGAACCUCGUGGUGGGUGCCUGCAAGAGCGCAGACCCGAGCAGAGUUUUCGGACCACCUUGUAGACUGAAACAGCACGUUCUGUUAUCGCUUGUGCAGCAAUUAGCAGCCGAUAUGACGAGAGAUACAAAUCUGAAACAUAGGUACUUAGAAGAAGCGAUAAUGAAUUUGGACACAACCAACGCAGUGACCAGGGAACACCUGCCUGUGGUUGUCAGAGAACUGCAGAAACAGAUAGUGGCCUUCCUCAAUGGUAACCCUGGGCACGCUCUCAGCAGACAGUUCAGGAUGCUUCUGAUGGCCACAGAGUCACUGGUGAAGACCACCGCCUGA